AAGUGUUUUCCUAAUUUGGGAAGUGCCCAGUGCUGGAGGGGCGUGGAGCUGAGAGUGAUCCCUUGCGCGCCUGCGCCGAGCUCCGGGACAGGGCGUGUUCCUGUUCGGGUGCCGGUUUUGCACUGAUCAAGAGUGCAUCUCUUGCCACCCAAGUGCGUCCUGCGGUCAUCCCACGUCCCCUCUGUUAGGUGCUGCCCUCUGCGAACAUGUCCAAGUCUCUGAAAAAGUUGGUGGAGGAGAGCCGGGAGAAGAACCAGCCGGAAGUGGACAUGAGUGACCGGGGCAUCUCYAACAUGUUGGAUAUCAACGGCUUGUUUUCCUUGUCCCACAUCACACAACUGGUCCUCAGCCACAACAAACUCACAACGGUGCCACCAAACAUAGCGGAACUGAAGAACUUGGAAGUGCUUAACUUUUUUAAUAACCAGAUUGAGGAGCUGCCCACACAGAUCAGCAGUCUUCAGAAACUCAAACACCUGAACCUUGGGAUGAACAGGCUCAACACUCUGCCUCGAGGAUUUGGCUCUCUUCCAGCUCUUGAGGUCCUGGACCUGACUUACAACAACUUGAGUGAAAAUUCUCUUCCUGGAAAUUUCUUUUACCUUACCACCCUGCGUGCACUCUAUCUAAGUGACAACGAUUUUGAAAUCCUGCCGCCAGAUAUUGGGAAGCUCACAAAGUUGCAGAUACUCAGCCUUAGGGAUAACGACCUGAUCUCCCUGCCUAAGGAAAUUGGGGAGCUAACGCAGCUUAAGGAGCUCCACAUUCAGGGGAACCGCUUGACUGUUCUGCCCCCAGAACUAGGAAACUUGGAUUUAACUGGUCAGAAGCAAGUAUUCAAAGCAGAGAACAAUCCCUGGGUUACCCCAAUUGCUGACCAGUUCCAGCUUGGCGUGUCCCAUGUGUUCGAAUAUAUUCGUUCUGAGACAUAUAAGUAGGGGGAAAAAUAUCAGAAAGAUGCUGCCAUUCAACACUGAAUCUGUGCUGUCUUGGUCGGUCUGGAUCCAGUGACAGGACUGAACCUGUCCUUAUAAAURGCCAUCUGUGGUUCUGUUGCCCUAAAGCCUGAGCACCCUGAAGAAUAAUGACAUGAAAAUUAAAUACACCAAAAUUUCCAAAAYAGCAGUAUAUCCUUAUAGAUAAAAGUGGCUUAAAGUAUGCUUUAGAUUUUUUUAAGGCAUUACUCUGACAUUUACAAUAUAAGCCUUAAGUAAAAUGAGAAUAACUAUAGGAUAUGCAUUAUUGUUUUGUGACCUGUAUAGAUAACGUUCAAUUAUUAUGGAUUCAAUCUUUCUUUUUAAAAAUGCAAAUAUAGCUCAGCCUUAGAAAUUAGAGUAGUUAAUGAAAAUGUGUGGAAAUAUAGUUGCAAGUGAACAGAUUAUUAUUCAUUUUGUUCUUGUAAUUAAUUGCCGUCGUGUAUUUUAGGGCUCUAAUUUUUUUCUUGGUAAAUGUGAAGCUGUGUAGAGCUUGGUUUGUAGGGGCAUCUUUUAAAAAACCCUUUGUAUGUGAUAGUAUACAGAAAAAUACACAAAUAAACUACUAUUAAUCCAGAACUGAAAGAAAUUAUCUGUUUAUUAUCCUGGU